AUGGCAUAUCCACCAAGGUCGCAGGUUGGGCCAGCGAUGAAUAGCACGGCUGCCGAAAUCGGCCCAUUGAUGGAGGAGCAGAUUCCCGCGCCUGCUGCACAUGUGAACAAGCGCGAUAUUGUUCAUUUCGAUAUGGACCAUCAGAACGUUUUCAUGCUGGACGAAGAAGACCGUCGACCAAUUCCUUUCUUCCAAGUAGCAGACUUCGGCCUCUCGCACACACCUGAUGAGACCCGCAGCGACAUCCCAAGAGCAGGCCCCCCAUACAACAUGGCGCAGAAAGUUGAGAUCUGGGGCAAUCGAGUUUUAGGAAAGGAUGGUUGGAAUGUACCGGAGCAAUUCACCACAGACUGGGACAAGGACGCACAGAUCCAGAACAUUUGGACGUAUGGGAGCGAAGUUGAGCAGCAAAUAUACAGGGAUGUAUACGGAGAUGGGCUCUGCGGGCUGGUGGCUAAGUGCCUAGCAGUCAGGCCCAGCGACCGGCCGACGCUUCAGGAGCUCCGCACAAGUUUAGACUUCCUAAAACCUGCUGGUUUGACUGAUACCGACAGGGCUUGGGCGACGAGAUUCUUCGGUCUCCCACCGGCUCCGAGAACGACACCGCUGGCGGAGGCUCUCGGCUGA